GCGAUCGUCCGUUCCUUUGAUUUUUCAUACUCUCACGAAUUUUUUCAUCGAUAAGAGAACUAUCGCAGAUGAAACUAUGAAACUUCGCAAUCUCAAGAAUAAGCAAAGAAAGUGGGGAAGGAGAAACAAGUAUCUGACGUAUCGACGGGGGGGAGGAAAUAAAUAGAGAAAAGGUGAAUGAGAUCGGAACAUGAGUUCGCCAUAAACGAUAACGGCAACACCAUGAUCAAGAUUCUCGUCGUCUUCACGUUCCUCCUCGUCCUUGUAUCAGCUCAGAAGAAAAAUUACGAUAAUUACAAAGUCUUCAGGAUCGUACCGAGCACCGAAGGACAAGUCAAUUUUUUAAAACAGUUCGGUGAUUUUCGGGAUGACGAGUAUUCGUUUUGGAAAGGUCCUAGUUACAUAAACGAGACGGUCGAUUUAAUGGUGGGACCAGAAAAGUUGUUGGAAUUCAAUGAUUUGAUGGAGUCGUCGAACAUAAAAUACGUCGAAUACAUUGACAACGUUCAGUCUCUUGUCGACAACGAGAAUCCGUUUUACGGUAGAGAUGGAAAAUCGACUUUCGGCUGGACGAGUUAUCAUACGCUUGAGGAGAUUUACGCGUAUCUUGAAAAAAUCGCAGCCACUUAUCCGGACAAAGUUGAGCUCGUUGUCGGCGGGAAAACGUACGAGGGCCGUUGGAUAAAAGGGGUGAAAAUAUCCUUCAAGAAAAACAACCCCGGCGUGUUUAUCGAGGGUGGAAUUCAUGCUCGUGAAUGGAUCACCCCGGCAACCGUAACUUACAUAAUUAACGAAUUUUUGACCAGUAACGAUACGGAAAUUCGUCAAUUAGCGGAAAGCAACGAUUGGUACAUUUUUCCAUCGUUCAAUCCGGACGGUUAUGUCUACACGCACAGAUGGAAUCGUUUGUGGCGAAAAACAAGGAAACCUUACAACUUUUUCUGCUACGGAACCGACCCGAAUCGCAACUGGGGUUACAAAUGGAUGCAGGGUGGCGCCAGCAGCUCACCGUGCUCGGAAACUUUCGCUGGGACUGCUCCAUUUUCGGACAUUGAGACGAAAACUCUAUCGGAAUAUAUACGAUCGAUUUCCGACAAAUUUUACGCUUACAUCGCCUUCCACAGCUAUUCUCAACUCCUCCUUUUCCCUUACGGACACACCACCGAACAUCUCGACAAUUAUGACGAGCUUUAUGCAAUUGGUAAAAAAACGAUCGAAGCUCUAUCGAAGCGGUACGGUACGAAAUACGUGACAGGAAACAUAGCCGAAACAAUUUACAUCGCGACCGGGAGUUCCCUCGAUUGGGUGAAGAGCACAUUCAAAACACCGAUCGCUUACACGUACGAGCUCCGCGAUACUGGAAAAUAUGGAUUUAUACUUCCAGCAGAGCAAAUUAUUCCGACAGCCCAAGAAACGAUGGAUUCUUUGAUCGGGUUGUUCAGAGAAGCUGCAGCUCGUGGAAUACCGAGAAGAAUUUACAAAUAA